AUGGCUGAUAUUCUUGAUAUAUUAGAAUUAGAGCAACCAACUAAUGAGAUCAGUAGGGAUAGUAUAAUACAUGGAGAUAAAGUGAAGAAGAAGUAUGUGACUGCAAAGGCAGUGAAGCGACCUGAGGGAAUGCACAGAGAAGUAUUUGCAUUGCUGUACAAUGACAACAAAGAUUUACCUCCACUGUUGCCCACUGACACAGGCAAAGCCUACAAACAAACAAAGGCUAAGCUUGGUAUGAGAAAGGUGAGGAAAUGGGUGUGGGCUCCAUUUACAAACCCUGCAAGGACCGACAAUGCUGUCUUUCACCAUUGGAAACGAGCAUCGGAUGAAGCCAAGGAGUAUCCGUUUGCGCAGUUCAACAAGCAAGUGUCAAUACCAUCUUAUUCAGAGUCAGAAUACAAUCAGUAUUUGAAGUCUGAGGAUUGGAGUCAGGCUGAAACUGACCACUUAAUGGACUUGUGCCAAAGAUUCGAUCUGCGGUUCAUUGUCAUCCAUGACCGCUGGGACAGAGCUGCGUUCAGGGAUCGCACUGUGGAAGAUGUAAAAGAACGAUACUAUGGAAUCUGUGCUACGUUGAGCAAGGUGAAAACAAAUCCAUGGUCCAAUACUGUCACAAUGGUAAAUGGAGAGAAACGGAUAUACCAUUAUGAUGCAGAACAUGAGAGGAAGAGGAAGGAACAACUCAGAAGACUAUUUGAUAGAACACAAGACCAGAUUGACGAGGAACAAAUGCUUAUAUCAGAACUCAAGAAGAUAGAAGCCCGUAAACGUGAGAGAGAACGUAAGACCCAGGAUUUACAGAAGCUAAUAUCCAGAGCGGACAGUGGAAACUUGCCACCAAUAAAUCAAGUGACCAAUAACAAUGAAGGUGCCAGUACGCCUUCUAAUAAUGCUUCGAGUAUUGCUCGGCGCCAUGACAGGAAGCUGCACAAGAAGAAACUGACUGCUCAACAAAGACCUGUGAGGGCUGUGGAAACUGUUACUGUAGAAUGGUCUGGUAUCAAGUUCCCUGAGUCUCGUGCAACAGGUGUAUCAAUGAGGUCACAACGGAUGAAGCUUCCUCCUGGAGUUGGACAGCGGAAGACUAAAGCCAUAGAGCAAGAGUUAAGACUGAUGAAUAUAGAUGUGGCACCGACACCAACUGAAGCCAUCUGCAAACAUUUCAAUGAGCUACGGUCUGAUCUUGCUCUAGCAUUAGAUUUAAAGAAUGCUUUAGCUUCAUGUGAAUUUGAACUGCAAGCGCUGAGACACCAAUAUGAAGCUCUCAAUCCUGGAAAGACACUCACCAUACCGCCUUCAAUCUGCAAUAUGGCAGCUGACAAUGAAACCAAGCCAGUCGGUGAAAUCAUUGAUGUCGUUGGAUCUCCGAGUGCAUUGAAUUCAACCAUCUAG